AUGCAAUUCCGGUCAGUCAUACACCGUAUUUCCGUCAGAUGUCACUCGCGAUCUCAGUUACACCUGGUUUACUUUGGCAGCGAUCGGUACUCAUUAGCUCAUUUAGAAGCACUAACAGACCAAGCGAGCAUUUUCCAGAAGUACCGUAUUCAACACGUAGUCACCGCUAAUGAUGACACGCCUGUGGCAUUAUAUUGUGCUCAAACAGGUUUAGAUUAUAGCACAUGGCCACGUGGCUCUACCGAUUGUGCUCCUGUACUGGAAUCUCGUAUCAAGGAGUGGCAGUGCCAUUUGGAUCGGGCCAGCGCUUCCGUUCAAAGACCGCCAGGUCUUUUGGGUUUGGUAAUCUCAUUUGGUCGGUUCCUGCCCACCUCAUUGAUUGGUACAUUCAAAAGUGGCUGUAUAAAUAUCCAUCCCUCAUUAUUGCCCCGGUGGCGCGGUCCGUGUCCUCUGUUGCACACACUACUCGCCGGUGACGAGGUCAGCGGUGUCAGUGUCAUUCAGUUGCCCACUGACGAACACUCGUUUGACAGUGGUCCCAUAUUAGCGCAACAUGCAGUGAAACUAGAUACAAGUCGACCAAUGUCUCCAAGUCAACUCGGUAACUUCCUGGUUCCAUACAGCAUCAGACUGAUGUUUCAGAUUCUUGGUGAUUCAUCGAUGGUUAACUUAAGUGGUGCCCUAUCUCAGGCAGUAUUAGCCAAAACCCGUCGAAUUAGUCCUACCAAUGCUCCACGUCCAACCAACCCGAUGGGUCACAUUGACUGGGAGAAUCAAACAGCAACGGACAUUGUUCGUCUGUGGCACUCUUUGCGAGAGUCUGCUGUGUUUUUAACCAGUUUCCUUAGUGUUUCCAAGUCGUGCAAUUCCAAGUAUGAUGCCACCGUGCGUUUCCUGGGAAAAGAACCAUUGACAGUACCUUUGGAUUGUGCGUCAGAGACCACAAAUACUGACGAGUCACAGCUGGCUGGCCGUUCUAACUAUGCACAUCCGUUUGCCUGGUUCACACCGGUUCCGUCCGCUGACAGCGUUGGAUACGUACAACGGAAUUCUACAUGA